ACACGAGUUUGGAGACUUUUUGUUAAUAAAAAUCAGCUUAAAGCCGUUUUAAGCAGUUUAGUGUUUAUUCAGUUGCUCACAACCAACUGAUGACAGAGUGCUGUCUGAGAUCUUAGACUUUGUGUUCUGUGCUGUUUUUGAGUUCUGGGAGUUUGACAUGCCGGUCCAGAUCCCGGAUGACUCGGACUUCUCGUCAUUCAAAGAUCAGUGCCUGAGUUCAGAAGGCUGGAAAAGCCGCUACAACAAAGGAGGAGUGACAGUGUGGUGCCGAGAGGAGGAGAGCCGGACCGUCCAGAAACUCAAGAUGAGAAUAGUGUGUAAGGACGUGACAGCAGAGACACUGUACGAUGUCCUCCAUGACACCAGCUACCGCAGGAAGUGGGACACCAACAUGAUUGACACAUAUGACAUCGGCAGGCUGACGGUCAACGCUGAUGUUGGUUACUACUCCUGGAAAUGUCCAAGCCCACUGAAGAACAGGGACUUUGUGACCAUGAGGUCGUGGCUUCCCCUCGGCAGUGACUACCUGAUCAUCAACUACUCGGUCAAACACCCGCAACACCCUCCAAAGAAGGAUUACGUCCGAGCCGUGUCUCUUCUGACUGGAUACCUGAUCCAGUCCAACGGGACCAGCUGCUCCACCCUAUACUACCUGACCCAAGUUGACCCCAAAGGUUCUUUGCCAAAGUGGGUGGUGAAUCGCGUUUCUCAGUUUGUAGCUCCAAAGGCCAUGAGGAAAAUCUACAAGGCAUCUCAGAAGUAUCCUGAGUGGAAGCGGAAGCACAACCCGAGCCUGAAGCCGUGGAUGUUUCCGGAGCAGAGCAUGCUGCCGUGCAUCAGCCUGGACGAGCUGACGGUGCAGCGCGCCGACUCGCUGGACAACAUCGACGAGAGCGGCCUGAGUGAGGAGAAGCUCAACCUCAGCGACGACGAAGAGACUUAAACCCAUAAAAUGUGCUCCAUGUCAAAGUGUUUGUGUGUGCAGCGUGGUUUCUUCCCCACAGUCACCAUGAUGACCAGACCUGCCGGGUGGAAACGUGAGCUGUAGGUGUGAUAUUUUCCACAAUAAAGGAAGCGGUGCAC